AAUUGUGGGGAUGACGACCAUUUAUUUUGAUGCGAAAGCUGCGAAGAGGAGGAAUCAAAAUAGAAGGAGAUAUCAAUAGCCUAGGCCUAUUGGGAUAUUUGCGUAUAAGUUUUGUAUUAUUUUUCUUGAUUAAUAUUAUAAACCAGCAGAAUGUAAUACGCAAAAGUCUGUGUAAGCGUUAGAAAGAAGAAGAGGAAAAGGGUGGUUAAUAAUUAAGUGUCAAAGAAGCAGUUUAUACAGUCUUCGGAAAUUGAAGCUUUGGGCAUAGGUGCAUCAACAGUUGUAGCUAGGAAUUGUGUAUGUAGCAGGAGUUUACGGACUCAUCAUGGGCUGGGAUACAGUAAAGGAAGAUGCUAAAGGACAAGUCUUGAGUCCAUUUCUGUUCCAAGUUGGGGGGCAUAAUAGUGUACUUAAAUACAAUGAGAACACAUUGUGUAAACCUUUAAGCAUCAGGGAGCAUCAGUUCUACCAAACACUACCAGAGGAUCUCAUGUGCUUUGUACCACAAUACAAAGGUAUAGCUUAUGUGUCAUGUGAAGAAGGGAAAGAUGGAGAUGUUCAUCUGAAGGCAUACACAGACAAAGCCAUCAGAAGGCUAUCAUCUGCCCACUUGCCUAGCAGCAGCGGUGAGGCUGCUGAAUCAGAGGAUGAAGGAAAUAGUAGAGCAUACCACCAUCCCAAUAACAGGGGAUCACUCAGGAGGAAUCACCAUAGAUUACCAAAGAAUAGUAGCCGCCGAAGUCUUCUGAAAGAGAGUGAAUUCAGUUUUGUAGAAGAUGCAUCAGAGUUUCAUCAUGGACAAAAACAUCAACGAAGCAACCCGUUUAGUCAGAAGUUACACCGAAAGCAGAUAGCUAAGAUGCGCAACCACGCUGAUCAAAGUCACUACGAAAAAUUUAUACUCUUAGAGAAUGUAGUGUACAAGUUUGGUACGCCAUCCAUCCUGGAUCUAAAGAUGGGAAUUCAGACUUACAUGGGUGAUGAAUCGGAAGAGAAAAGGCAAUCGCAAAUCAGGAAGGCUGAGUCAAGCACCUCUGCUAAGCUUGGGGUUAGGAUCUGUGGUAUGAAGGUUUACCGUGCUGAUUCCAGAACGUACAUGUUUCGGGAUAAAUAUUAUGGUCGUAAAGUAACAGAAGAUGGGUUCAGGGAAGCGAUCACGCUGUUUUUGUUCAAUGGUUAUCAUGUGCAAGCAGAUGUGAUCCCUGCAAUAAUAGACAAACUAAGACAAUUGCGAACUGCACUUGAAAACCAAGAUACUUACCGGUUCUACAGCAGUUCAUUAUUAGUUAUGUAUAAUGCACGACACAGAAAACACGAACCAGACUCCACGCAUUCAUUGUCAGAUGAAGUUGACAUCCGAAUGAUUGAUUUUGCAAAGACUACUCACGGACAAAUGGGUGCAAGCAGUCAUGUGCAUGAAGGACCAGAUCAAGGGUUCAUUUACGGUUUAAACAAUCUUAUACAGACUUUCAAGGAUGUGUACAAAAGCUGUUGGCCCGAUGUUGUAAGCAUGGAGACCAAGUCCAGGUUGGACAACUAUCCUGCAUAGUAGUAUCUACAACUCUUCAAAUCUGUUUCUUGCCGUUCAUAAUCUUGAUUUUGAAUAAUAGACAAAAUUGAUUUAUCGUGAACUUGCGCUUUUUCUUCAAUAGUCGGAUUGUCCAUAAAUCAAAAUGAUUGAAGCAAGCUGUAUUGUCAGUUGAGGAGAUACAGUAUUUAAACCUUAACCUAAACCUGUAUGAUUGUAUUAUAUUGGGGGGUGUGAAGAGAAAGUAUUAAACUUGCAUUUAAAAUCUGUAAUUACAACUAUACUAUAAUUUGCAUAUAUUUUUGUUAGUAAUUUAUAUUAAUCUAUAGAUGUUUCUAAAAUCAAUAUUCCCUUUUCAAAAGACAAAACUAUUUGAUAUGAUUUUUACUACUAUGACAAGUUGAUAAUUGGUAUAGCAUGCAAUACUGUACUUUAUAACAGACAGGGGUUUUUUUUGUUAUUAAAGGUGUACUGUCUGCCAAAGAAAAAUGGAAAAAACACUCAAAGAUUCAAUUGAAAAUUGGAAUAGCUCAUUUGAAAGCAUCAAAUAAGCUAUUACUUUAACUUCUCAGAAAUAAAUAAAAAAAAAUAUUUUUGACUGAUUUACAGACAUUGUACAACAAAAAUCCUUAAAUUGAUUACCACCCAAUUUUUGAAUACAGAUGUAUUAUUUAACUGUUAAUUAUAGGAAAAUGUUUUCUCAUUCAAAUGUUUUGUUGCAAGUUAAUAUCAAAUAUGGAAUUCAAUUUUUGUAUUUUCAGUUGAUGACAGGCAGUAUAUUUGUAUUAUUACAUUCUUAAUAUUUUUAUUAUUAUUAAUUUUAAUUUCUUCCAACUGUUAAUAUUAUUAUUUUUGUAUUGUAUUAUGAUUACUGGUAUUAUCCUUAUAACUAUUAUUAUUUUUCUACUGUAUUUUUGUCUACUGUAUGUAAUUGCAUGGAUUUGGAUUUCUUUGUUGGGAAAUACACUCUAAGGAGAACCCACAAAUGUCUAAAAACAUAUCUCCAGAGGUGGUGUUCUGAUUGUAAAUUGGCCAGUACACCAAAAGACAAUACCUGUUUCUUGUGGGAUAUUUAAGUAUGUAGCACACUCUAGAGGGACCCUACCAACAAGAUCCAGUGAACGAGCCAGUUGCAGUCAAUAAUAAUAUGUAACUGCUGCUUUCUGUAGGAUUUGCAACUACAAAAAGUAAGUUGCAGUUAACUACUGUAAUAGCUAUGCUGCUUUCUGUAUGAUUUGUAAACUACAAAGAGUAAGUUGCAAUCAGCUAAAAGCUUUUCUAUGAUUUGCAGCUCAGUUUGCAGCAUUGUACUGGAGUUGCAACUGCUUCUGCUUGACAGUUGCAACUCGUUUUGUAACAACUUAUUUUGUGUACAUAAUCUCCUUAUUGCCAAUAUCAUAAUACUGUAUAUUGUAAGGAGUUAAGGAUGAAAAUAUAUAAUUUCUUAAAUCUAAAAUGCGAGAAAUACAGCGUCGGUACUCCCUCCCUCAAUGUACACUAAUGGACCAAAUAUAACAGGGCUUUAUAUCAGUUGCUUUCAUUCAGUAUGGCAAUAAUUCUGUCUGAGCAAUUGAUCUUUUUGGAUUUGCCAAGUGAAUAUUAUUAAAUAUUAUUUGUGCUUAUUAAAGGUUGAUACCAAAUUCAUUAUUCCAUUUGGUAUUGAACAUUUUCAA